AUGCCUUGCUGCGGCGAUCGAGAGAAGGGCGGCCCAGUGGCCUUGGAGGAACAAUGGGACUAUAUUAACCUCAAUGACUUCAAAUCGGAGUCUUGUCUAUCGCCAUUCUCUUACUUCUUUUUGUUCGUUUUCCUGCUCGUUUCGCUCGCUGUUUACGCGGUCGACACUUUUACCGCCGUGACCCUUCUGGCGUUUUCCCGCUGGGCAGGGCAGAUCGAGCCUGCCAUUCCUUUCGAGUAUUCUCGAUGGAUAUUCGCCGCUUGUAUUCUCCUCUCCUUUGCACUUUUGGCCUGGAGAUGGCUUCAUGCUAUCCGAGCGAUACGUUCUGGGAGCGUUGCGCAAAGCUAUCUUGAUUCCCUCGCUGCCCGAGUCCAAAGUGUUCGCACGGGGGAAAAUGGUCGCGGCUGGAGGAGGUUCUUGGUUUUUGGAGAGCUCACCAAGAGUAAGAAGGGAGCUGAAUAUGCCGCUUUAUUUGCAUAUUUCUCCUUUGAAAGUUGGAUGAAUACUGUCCUCGCCGAUGGGCCACGCCAGGUUGUUAACGCCAUAACUCUCUAUUCAGUGGCUAAGAUGGAUUUGCUUCCUGGCGGCGAGAACGCAGUUGAGGAAGACAAGCCAGAAAUUCUACAAUUCUUCGACAACAUCAAAAUCCUCGCCGAUGAAAAUAACCUGCGCGCUCUCGUUUUAGCCGGUAUGGUCUUUACAGUGGUUAUUUGGGUGUUGUCAAUGAUCAAGCUAAUAAUUGCGAUCAUUCUCUACCUACUUUUUCUUUUUCACCAUAUACCCGCACAGGAUGGGACACUGAAAGCGUACUGUCAUAGAAAGAUCAACACCAGACUCAAGCGGAUUGUGCGGACCAAGGUGAACAAGGCUCUGGCAAAGGGUGUUGUGUUGCAAGACCGUACUCCAACUAACCCGAACAUGGGAGCCGAUCGCAAACCUACGUUACCUGUAUUUGGAGACGAUGACAAGACACCUAUUGUCUCGACUCUUUCACGCACGACGACUGAAGCGACUAUGACUACCCUCCCCGCAUACACGUCUCGCCCUGGAACGGCAGCCCCUCGGGAGCGUCAGCCAACUCUCCCUGACGUGGCCACUUUUCCUGAAAAGCCCUCGCUUAGCCGUACGGUCACAGAAUCCUCUGCCUAUUCUGACCCUACUUCAGCUCCUGCGGUCUCUGCAUAUAGCCCGCUAGACCGUGGAGGUUCUCCGGCUCCUCCAAUUCCUCCUCUUCCCAAUAACGCUUCUUUUGCCCCGACGCGAAAUCAGACACCGGUAUCGCGCUCCAACUUCAGCCCCGGUCCUUACAAUACCCGCGGGCCUCCUAGCCGUAUGGGCUCUGCAGGUGGGACACGAGACCCAAGGGAAAGACGGGAUCCAUACAGCCCUGAGGGCUACGGUAAUCCGUCAUCGGGCAGUCCAUUCUGCGCUUACGGUGCUCCUGUUGAUCCCUACUCACGCGCACUCACGCCAAUUGCUUCCGUGGCAUCUGGCGAUUCAGGCUCUAUGCAAAGUUACACCCCCAACGCAUACAACACUCGAUACAACUCUCGUCCGGCCCCACGCCCCGCUAACCCUCCACGGUCUUUUACUCCGGGAAGUGAAGCGAUGAAUCCAGGUUCGCCAGUAUACCCCAAUAAUGAACAACCCGUUAGAACAUUCUCUCCAGUGAGCUCACGGGCACCUUCGCGGGCCCAGGGGGGAUAUACGCCCUACAAUGCUUCGGCAAGAAAUGUCGCCACGACACCAUUUGAAGCAGGUCAAGACACUGUGAACAAUUACAGUGGAAGAUCUGGAACUCAAAAUACCUAUACUUCCCCAGCAUACAACCCCCAACCGCCCCGUGGCCCAGACUACUACUAG